AUGAGCGAAACUGCAAAGACUUUGGAAUUAUUUCCAUCAAGUAAAAUUGCUGAACAUAAUACUUCAAGUGAUUGUUGGGUAACUGUCGAUGAAAGAAAAAUUUAUGACGCUACUAAAUUUUUAACUGAAAAUGAUAGUGAAUUCGACAAAAUUCAAAAAAAUCUUUUGUUAUCAUUUGCUGGUAAAGACAUUACUAAAGCAUUAGAUAAUGAAUUGGUAAUUUAUUCAAAUUCAGAAUUGAUUAAAUCUGAUAAAUUUUUAAUUGGUUAUUUAGCAACAAAUUUAGAAGAAGAAGAAUUAUUAUCAAAUAAAAAUCAUAAAGUCGAGGUUGAUAUUGUUAAUUCAAAAAAUUUCGAUUCAACAACUUUUGUUAAAAAUUUACCAACUGAAGAUAAAUUGAGUAUUGCAACAAAUUAUAAAAAAGAUUUUGAAAAACAUCAUUUCUUAGAUUUAGAAAAACCACUUUUAAAACAAAUUCUUUUCAGUGAUUUCACCGUUGAUUUCUAUGUCGACCAAGUUAAUAGACCAAGACAUUUUGGUAAAACUUCAGCUCCUUUAUUUGGUAACUUCUUAGAACCUUUAUCAUUAACUCCUUGGUGGGUUAUUCCUGUUGUUUGGUUACCUGUUGUUAUUUAUCAUUUCUCAGUUGCAUGGAAAAAUUUAAAUCAUUUCUUAACAGUCUUCUUAUUUGGUGUUGGUGUAUUCGUUUGGACUUUCCUUGAAUAUGCUUUACAUAGAUUUGUCUUCCAUUUUGAUAAUUAUCUACCACAAAAUAAUCUAGCAUUUGUUAUUCAUUUCUUAUUACAUGGUUGUCAUCAUUAUUUACCAAUGGAUCCAAAUAGAUUAGUCAUGCCACCAACUUUAUUCAUUAUUUUAUGUACUCCAUUCUACUGGCUGGUAUUUAAAUUAUUACCUUUAUAUUGGGCUUACGCAGGUUUUGCUGGUGGUCUAUUUGGUUACGUUUAUUAUGAUGAAUGUCAUUAUUGGUUACAUCAUUCAAAGAUGCCAAAAUUCAUGAGAAAAUUAAAGAAAUUUCAUUUAGAACAUCACUAUAAAAAUUAUCAAUUAGCUUUUGGUAUUACUUCAUGGUUUUGGGAUAAUGUCUUUGGUACUUAUCUUUAUAACGAUUCUCCUGUGUCUCCAAUGAAAUAUGAAUAG